CUCAUUUAAUGAUUGUACAGGUGGUAUAUUGACUCCUCAUCAGGUAACAAACCAUGUCCUAACCUCAGUUAAUGAUUGUACAGGUGGUGAUUUAUCCGUCAUUAAUAAAAGAAAAAGAUGGCAGAUCAAAAAAAGAAACGCACUAGGGAUAGCGAGGCCCUACAAAAUCUACUAACAACUCAAAAUAAAGAUAGCCUUAUAUAUAUAUUUUUUUAUACUCUUUUAUAUUAUAGAAUACAUCUAUUUUAGCUUCUGAUAAUGUCCCCACUAUUUCGGGAGUUGGACCUAAUAUUGACUCCUCUUCAGAUAACAAACCCUUCUUUAUUUCCUCCUUAUAAUCGUUUAAAUAUUGAUAUAUCUACCAUUAAUAAUCAACAAAUACAAAAUAAAUGUUCAGAAAAACAUGAUAGUCUUGACAAGUCCCCAACUAGACAAAUUUUAUUUUUUGAUGAUAGCCUCCCAACUACUAGAUAUAUGCAUAUAUUGACCCCCUUACAGGUUAACCCAAACUUAAUCCCUCACAUAGCUACAAAACAUGAUAUUUCUAUUAAAGAUAAGCACAGAAAUAAAUGGCGACUCCACAAACGCCUUACUCGUUCUAGAAUUACAGGUAUGCAGGAUAAUAAGGACCUACGCCUGAUAUUAACUUCCUUGCAGAUACCGUCAACUGAUAUUUCUAUAACCACUACCACAUUCCCUAUGGCACCUCUACCAUGUAUAUUUCGACAUAUAUUUGAUGACCACCACUCACCUAUAUUAGAUAUCAGAAAUAUGCCAGAAAUAUGCGCCUUCUGCAAUGCUAAAAUGUGGAAUGGAGAAAAAUUAUCAAAAAGCUCAUGUAGAAAUAUUCAGUUUUCUACAUGUUGUUUGAAUGGGAAGAGUAUCUUCUAUGCUACUGGCGUUCCUAACAUAUCCUUAAACUUAAAAUCUACUCCAAGUUUUGACGUACGUUAUCGCAAUAAACCUACCCCAUCUGAAAUAGCAAUAUUAUUACCUGGUUAUGGCAGUGAUCAUAUAGCCCAUAGAGAUAUUAUCUUAAAAACUCUAUGUGGUCCUUUAAGACGUAUUAACGAGCUCCAUUCCUAA